AUGGUCGCUCAAGUUCAACAACCUGCUCCUCAAUUCAAGCUGCCUGCUGUUGUCAACGGCGAGUUUAAGGACAUCUCGCUCUCUGAUUUCAAGGGCAAAUACGUUGUCUUUUUCUGGUACCCCAUGGAUUUCACCUUUGUGUGUCCCACUGAAAUUCUCGCGUUUUCCGAACGAGUGAAGGAUUUUGAAAAGAGGGAUACUGUGGUACUCGCUGCAUCGGUUGAUAGCGAGUUCUCUCAUUUGGCUUGGAUCAAUACACCUCGCAAACAAGGAGGUCUUGGUGAAAUGAACAUCCCUAUUCUUUCUGACAAGACCAAGCAAGUUGCUCGUGACUAUGGCGUCUUGCUUGAAGAUGCUGGUGUCACUCUUCGAGGCUUGUUUUUGAUCGAUCCACAGGGUAUCGUCAGACAAAUUACCAUCAACGACUUGCCUGUUGGCCGUAACGUGGAUGAAGUUUUGAGGUUGAUUGACGCGUUCAAAUUUACUGAUGUUCACGGUGAAGUGUGCCCUGCCAAUUGGCAUCAAGGCGAUAUGACCAUCAAGCCCGAAGUCGACAAGUCCAAGGAAUACUUUGAAAAAGCCAACUAA